UCAAACAAUCACGUUUAUUAUUUGGUAUAUACGAGCGUCUAAUGUUGUGCAAUAUAAUAUUCUUGAAAAAUAAUUGAAAUGGGAAAGAAAAAUAAAGUUCAGAAUUUAGGAAAAUCAUUGAUCAGAGAUCGUUUUGGUUCUUCCACCGCUAGAAAAUUUCGUGGAGAUUUUUCUAAGCUACAUUCAGAAAACAUAAACGAUGGAUACGAUUGGGCAUGUCUGAAUCUUCAAUCGGUUACCGAGCAAAGUUCUUUUGAAGAAUUUCUAGCCACUGCAGAUCUUGCCGGAACAGAAUUCAAUGCAGAAAAGUUAAACAUUAAGUUUGUUAAUUUACAAAAUUUGCCUGGGUUAUUGAGUAAGGAUGAGAAAAAGAAAGUUUUGGAAGAACACGAGAAGCAUAAAGGGUUUCUUAAAAUACCGAGGAGACCAAAGUGGGAUAGUUCUACCACAGCACAAGAUUUACAAGCUAAAGAGAAAGAAGAGUUUUUAGAAUGGAGACGUAGCUUAGCAGUUUUACAAGAAUCCGAAGGCCUUAUUCUUACACCUUAUGAAAAGAACUUAGAAUUUUGGAGACAAUUAUGGAGAGUAGUUGAACGUAGCGAUGUUGUCAUUCAAAUUGUUGAUGCACGUAAUCCUUUAUUGUUCCGUUGUGAAGAUUUAGAAAACUAUGUUAAAGAGAUUGAUCCUAAGAAAAUGAAUUUAAUUCUUAUCAAUAAGGCAGACUUUUUAACCGAUACUCAAAGACAAUUGUGGGCAGAAUACUUUACGAGUAUUAAUAUGAGAGUUGCAUUCUUUUCUGCUAAAUUAGCUAUGGAAAGUGAAAAAAUUGAAGAAGAAUCCGAGGAGGAUGAUGAAGAUUCUGUUGAUGCAGAAAAGGAUGAUAGUAGUGAUGAAAGUAAUGAAAUUAAUGAAAAUAAUGGUGAAAGUAAUGAAAAUAAAGAAGAAUUGUUGCAUGAUGUAACAAAAAAUAUAGAAAAACAAGAUAAAGACAUAAAAGAGUCGUUGAAUAAUCAAACGAAGAAUACAGAAAUACAAGAUAAAGAUAAUGUGUCGGAGCUUGUAGAAAAUGAAUCAUUGAUUAAAAAUUCUUCAGAAUUAUUAACCAGAGAUGAAUUGAUUUUAUUAUUUAGAUCUAUAUAUAAAGAAAAAACAUAUAUGGAAGGAGUUACAACGAUCGGUAUGGUAGGAUAUCCUAAUGUUGGAAAAAGUUCGACAAUUAAUGCAUUAUUACAAUAUAAGAAAGUUUCUGUAUCAGCUACUCCAGGCAAAACAAAACAUUUUCAAACUUUAUUUCUGGAUAAAGAUUUACUUUUAUGUGAUUGUCCUGGCUUAGUAAUGCCAUCGUUUGUUUGUACUAAAGCUGACAUGAUUUUGAAUGGCAUAUUGCCAAUCGAUCAGAUGAGAGAUCAUGUUCCACCGGUUACAUUACUUGCUACAUUGAUACCGAAAUAUGUAAUUGAAGAUAUGUAUGGAAUUAUGCUACCUAUACCAGCAGAAGGAGAAGAUCAAGAUCGACCACCAACUGCGGAAGAAAUUUUAAAUGCUUAUGGAUAUAGUAGAGGUUUUAUGACACAGAAUGGUCAACCAGAUAAUCCACGAACUUCUCGUUACGUUUUAAAAGAUUUUGUAAAUGGAAGACUUUUAUAUUGCGUUGCUCCGCCAACGCAAAAUCAAAAUGAAUUUCACCAAUUUCCUCCUCCACGGAGAAUUAAAACAGAAAAUACUCAUAUAACGCCUAGAAUGGCUCGUAUAAUUGGAGGGAAAAGAACUACGUCUGAGGAAUUAGAUAAAAAAUUUUUAACACAACAAUCUGUUGGUGUUCACGCUAGAGGUGUUCCUGGAAAAGCACGUGGUUUACCACAGAAUGCUAGAAAUAAUGGCAUAGCUGGUUCUGCAGCUAGUUCAGUUGCUGGUUCAAUGCAAAAUCUUUGUAUUGAGGAGAAGCCAUGGAAAAAAAUUAACAAACAUUGCAAUAAAAAGAAACGGGAAAAAGCUAGGAGACUAUAUAGUCAUCUCGAUCAACAUUAAUAUAACAAAAAUAUGACACAUUAAUUGUGACCUUCCUAGGUUUAGGUAUUUGCUAAGUUUGAAUAUAUCGAUUAAAUAACAAAAAUUACUGAAUUUUAAGGAAAUGAAAAUUCAUUUUAUAUAAAAUAAUAUAAAAAAUGAAUAAAUCAUCUGUAUAAAAUAAAUAUUGUAAAGUAUAAUAGACGGCUAUCUUAUCGAAUUUUUUAAGAUUACGUAGUAGCAGUGGAUAAAAGGAUCUUAUGAUCUUUUGGUUUAGGAAUAUACGUCAUGUCUUUAUUUUAUGCAACAUAUUAAUUUUCGCUCCUCAUGCCUCAUCCUUGCAAGUCGACCAACUUGGUGUGGAGUCCCUCAUAUACAAGUGAUUAUAAUAAAGUUAAAAUAUUUUA